UACCAAGGAUCUACUAAGGUUUCCCCGUGUUCACUCGAUCGAUCGAGGUUACGGUUGUUCGCGAUUGCGUUUGCCACUUGGCAAAGCUCUGUGCUGUAGCGCUCAAAGCCCUUCUUCAGCUUUCUGGAGGAGUUACAAUAUUAUGCUCAGCGCUAUGCUGAGUAUGAAGCAAUGCUAAUAAUGGGCAAAGGGCACAGGGCAUGCACUGGUUGACACCACGCUCAAACCACGCCUUGGAGCUUGAACUAAGCUUCAAGUAUGGUAUUAUUUAGACUAGUAGCGGCUGUUUCGAUUCUUAUGACUUACACUCAACGGACAACUUGAACACACUAAAUGUCCGACCCACAUCAGCUACCACGUUCCGGUAAUGUGCACCCACCCCGCUCGAGCUCGAUAUCUAGGGACGCGCAUAGUCACAGCACUUCAGCCAAUGUCAAUACUGCAACACCCCGUACCUCCCAAGGAGAAUCCUUGAGGAGGCCAGCAGCCCAUUCCGACACUAUCCAUCAAGCUGAUCACUAUAAUUCGACUCAACAAGACGCAGGGAAUCUCAUGGGGAAUACAAAUGUUUAUAAUCCCACAUUACCCCUGGCAGAGGAUCUGACAGGUCAGAUCUUUGGUACGAUAAACGGCUUUGUCGCUGGAGGUUCAUUCGGAAACGUUUACAAAUGUUGCAGUAAAAUCCUUCAGGUAUCACACCUCAGAGCAGGACUUAAGGAGAUUUCGACGAGAAGCCGCAAUCUGGGCACACCUCGUCCACGACAAUAUUGUCACACUUUAUGGAACGACAGAGGGGUUUGGGCCAACCACAGCCCUGGUCUCCCCGUGGUUUCCGGACGGCACGCUGCACCAUCUGAUCACGGAACAGGGUGCUACAUUGACCAUCAAGUCCAAAUUGAAGCUGCUUCACUGCAUAGCAUCCGGGCUCUACUAUCGUCCACUCGUUUCCUAUUGUUCACGGCGACAUCACAAGC